AUGGGAGAAGAAAUAUGUUGCGAGACACCACUUAGGCUUCCAAUCAUAGAUUUCUCAAACAAAGACCUAAAGCAAGGCACCCCUGAAUGGGAUUCAGUGAAAGUUCUAGUCCGAAAAGCACUUGAAGAAUUCGGCUGCUUUGAGGCUUUGGUCGAUGAAGAUAUAGAGCUUCGAGAAGCAGUAUUUGGAGCAUUAGAAGAAGUGUUUGACCUCCCAUUGGAAACCAAAAUGCUCAAUGUUUCUGAGAAGCCUUACCAUGGAUAUCUGGGGGUUCACCCUGAGAGGUCGCCACUAUAUGAAAGCAUUGGUAUUGAUGAACCAAACAUCACCCAGAAUGUAGAAGGCUUGUCUAACAUUUUAUGGCCCCAAGGGAAUACAGCUUUCAGCAAAUCGAUACAGUCUUUGUCUGAGCAAGUGUUAGGAAUAGAACGAAUGGUUAGGAGGAUGAUUUUGGAGAGCUUAAGUCUUGAGAAAUACAUGGAUGAGCACAUGGAGUCGAAUUACUACCUUCUUAGACUCAUGAAAUAUAAAGGGCCUGAAACAACUGAGGCAAAGCUUGGACUAUAUGGUCACACGGACAAGAAUACAAUGACCAUAUUGUACCAAAAUGAUGUGGAUGGAUUAGAGGUUCGAACCAAAGAUGGUGAAUGGAUCCACCUAAAGCCCUCCCCUGCCUCAUUCAUUGUGAUGAUUGGGGAUAUUCUCUAUGCAUGGUUAAAUGGUCACGUGCACUCUCCAUUUCAUCGUGUGAUGUUGAAGGGAAACAAGACAAGAUACUCAGCGGGACUAUUUUCCAUCCCAAAAGCCGGUUACACAAUAAAGGCCCCCGAAGAGCUAGUGGAUGAACAACAUCCCUUGCUCUUUAAACCCUUUACCCAUGAUCAAUUUUUGGGAUUCCUUUACACCGAGGCUGGCCAAACUGCAAAAUGUGCUCUUUCAGAUUAUUGUGGUGUGUAGCUACUAGUAUUACUUUCUUAUUGCUGUGUUUGGAAGGAUGAAUUGGAGAGACUGAAUUUAGAUUUGAAUGUUACAUAGUACCUGUAUCAAAAUAAAAGUCGAAGCUAGCUAAAUUUGUGUAAUUUAAAAUGAAAAUUAUUGCUGUUAAUUAUUUGU